AUGCUAGUGGCGUCAGAGUCAGACGAUCAGCCAAGAUCGCUCACUUAUCUUUCCGCUCGUUCAAUUGCACUGCUGCUCUUUAAGACAAAUAUUCGGUGGCGCCGCAUUUCCGAUGUGGCAUACUCUUUACGUGAUUUUAUUGACCAAUUGCGAUUGCCGCCAAAAGCAAAAAAGGGAAUUCGGACCGCUCUAGCAGAAGUGCUUCGCGAGGUUAGGAGAUGGAACGACAAGCACGCGGAGAUGUUCAUCAAGGAACCAAAAUUCAAACGACGUGCCAUGAACAGAAGCGAACAUUUGCGAACAUUUUACGAGCAUUUGAUUUGGAAGAUUUCCAGCAUACAGAUUGAUGAUUGGAGGUCUGCCCGUCACCUCAUCGCCACUGAAUGCUCGAAUUGGCCGCAGAUGCAGUUUCAACUAGCCUGUUUGUAUGCCAUGACAGACUGGAUAGACGAUGACAUCCGCUUCGAUAAGUAUCGUAGAAUGACCUUCAAAAAGCAACUUUCCGAUCACCCUGUUUAUGAUUUUUGGCUCACGUUGCAAGAAAGUAAUUUGGACACAUUCUUCGAUACUGCUUCAACUAGUUCAGAAACACGUGUGCCCAAUCAGAAACUUACGUUGUGCUUUCAAUUCGCAAUUCGACAUGGCUACUGCCAGCUGGUCAAACAUAUUUGGGAUAAAAUCGGCGACAAUACAAAGGAAUAUAUAGGUCUUCUACAAUGGCGGUCGUUAUGCUUUCGAGCUAGGGAUCGAGACACUAUGCGUUUCCUAUGUACCAGAUUGUGCAUAAUGAACCCGGUCUCCAUGGCUCGACUCUCAUGGACGGCAUUCUUUGAUACUUUCUACAAUUCUGUCAACAAUGAACAAAGCGACAUAGUGGAAGAGAACAAAUUCGGUAAACGUCUGAAGUUCCUCGUAGAAAAUUGUUGUCCAGAGUUAAGAAAACGUUUACUCACCAUGGAAAACUUCAGGAUCGUGUCCGACGCGUUCCGAUACAACCAAGCAGAGACAUUCGCAUUUUUGCUAGAACAUUUGGAUGGCGACCAACUGAGAAACGCACGAGAGGUGAUUGAUCGUAUUCAUGAUCGUCACAACGACACGAAUGGUGAGCGUCUUCGCCAUGCGAUGAUCCACCGACAGAUGACCAUCGACUAA